CUGCUCCUCGUCUCCCCCAACUCCCAAUGCUGCAGUGCUGUACUGAUUACUCUUCUCAGUCCAGCUAUUCCCCAUAGCCCUCGCACCAACCUCUCGCACACAGCAAACAAGAAAAAGAAAACUUCUCUUUUUCGGGAAAAAGGAGAGAGAGAAAAUUAUACUCCUCUUCCUCUACUGUCCAGCCGCGGGCACCAAGGCAGGUCAGGCAAGAGACGAGCUCGGCGUGGUGAGGUGAAGCUGAGGGAGAUAGCCAGCUGCUGCAUUGCAUUGGGCGGGGGAGCGCUGCCGCCGCGGGGGGGUUCGGAUCUUGGCUGCCUUGGCGCGCUGGGAGCUUCGCAGCUGCUGGUUGCUUGGUUUGGUGGUGUACCCAUUGGCGGCAUGGGGAGGCCUGGAUCUUGAGGCGCCCUUGUCGCUGACGCGAGUCUCCGGGGGCGGUGGGCUCUGCUCCGUCACCGCGGUCCGCUGAGCUGCCGACGGGGUACGGCGGGCUGGAGAUCUGGCAGUCGGCGUGGAGCUGCAGAUCCCCUGGCUGCACGGGCACGACUUGCUGCUGUGGAGGUUCUUGCGGGCGGUGGUGGCGAUGGGCUACGGGUACGUGGAUCCCUUCCUGCGCCCGCAGCAGGCGGCGGUGUCCGCGUACGUCGCGCCGCAGGGGGACUACGGGCAGCCUCAGGCGCAGCCCGCUCCGCGGCCGCCGGGUUGCCCGUACUCGUCGUCCGCCUCGGCUCCGCCGGUCACCGCGUCAUACCAUUCUUGGCCUCCGGCGACGUCGCCUCCGCCGGUAAGUAGCCCACCUCCCGCGUCCCCUCCACCGGAAUCAUUGCCGCCGUCGGCGCCGCCGCCGGCAUUGUCGCCUCCCCCGCCUGACGCUCCUCCGUCGCUGCCGCCGUCCCCACCCCCGUCGCCGCCUCAAGUCGAGGUGCGCGCCCCGCCGCCCCCGCUGGCUACCGACCAGCCGCGAGUCCAGCCCCGCGUAUACCCAUCACCGCCACCGCCGUCCCUUCCCCCGCCGCCGCCUCCCACCGUUUCGCCACCAGCGCCGGCUCCAUCCCACUCAUCGUCGCUGUCGCCUGCUCCAGCUGCACAAGCUCCAGCUCCAGCUCCCGCGCGGGUUGCUGCUUAUUCGCCUCCCCCGCCAAGAAUCGCCUCUCCACCCCCUCCGCACUAUCACGUCAAGCCGCAUAAUGUGAUGCCGCACACCCCCGGGAAGUCCUACUCGAAAAACUCGACCCGCGCAGCUAGUGGGAGCGGCAAGAACAUCGAGAUAUCGAGGGAGGCGGCCACUACCAUUGUAGCACUCGCUGGUCUUGCAAUGCUCAGCUUUGUCGGCGCCACCAUUUGGUUCGUCAAGAAGAAGCGCCGUCGGAUAGAGCCUCCAGCAACACUGCCCACACAUCAACCAGCUCCUCCGCCACCGCCCAACUACAUUCCAUCGUCCGCUGGAUCCUCACUAGCAUCAGACGGGUUCUACUUAAGAUCACCGGGGUAUCCUUUCAUGAGGUCCAGUACUGGGAGCCAUGGGUUUCCGUACUCGCCGGCUGACUCUGGGAUUGGGUACUCCAGGAUGCUGUUCACGCCAGAGAAUUUAGCAGCAAUCACAAAUGACUUUGCAGAGGAAAACCUUUUAGGAGAAGGUGGAUUCGGGUGUGUGUACAAGGGCAUUUUACCAGACGGUCGCCCUGUGGCUGUCAAGAAACUCAAGAUCGGGAAUGGGCAAGGCGAGCGUGAGUUCAAGGCCGAAGUUGAUACUAUCAGCAGAGUACAUCAUAGACAUUUGGUUUCGCUCGUAGGCUACUGCAUCUUGGAUGUCCAGAGGAUGCUUGUUUAUGAUUUUGUUCCCAACAACACACUUUACUACCACCUCCAUGUAAGUGAAGCAGCUCUUGAUUGGCGAACGAGGGUUAAGAUUGCAGCUGGAGCAGCUCGUGGAAUCGCUUACCUGCAUGAAGAUUGUCAUCCACGGAUUAUACAUAGAGAUAUUAAAUCAUCCAAUAUUUUAUUGGAUAACAACUACGAAGCUCAGGUUUCUGAUUUUGGACUUGCAAGGUUAGCGGCUGAUUCCAAUACACAUGUCACCACACGUGUCAUGGGGACGUUUGGGUAUUUGGCUCCAGAGUAUGCAUUGUCCGGCAAGUUGACAGCAAAAUCUGAUGUAUAUUCUUUUGGAGUAGUUCUUCUGGAGCUUAUUACGGGAAGAAAACCUGUUGAUGCUUCUCAGCCGUUAGGAGAUGAGAGUCUGGUCGAAUGGGCUCGACCCCUUCUGAUCCAAGCAAUCGAACAUAGGGAAUUUGGGGACCUUCCUGACCCAAGGAUGGAAAACAAGUUCGAUGAAAACGAGAUGUUUCAUAUGAUAGGAGCUGCAGCUGCAUGCAUUCGACAUUCUGCACCAAUGAGACCGCGGAUGGGGCAGGUGGUUAGAGCACUAGAUAGUUUAGCAGACUCUAACUUGAACAAUGGCCUUCAACCUGGUCGCAGUGAAGUAUUCUUAGAACCACAAUCCGAAGAGAUUAGAUUGUUCCAGCUGAGGGAAUUUGGCAGCCGGGAUUGUAGUGACGAGUUGAGCCAAGCUAGCUGGAAAAGUCGAAGAGAUUUGUGAACAGAUUCAGCACAAGAUCCAUUAACAUUUUUUGGUCAUUCUUUACAUGUAAUUAUCUCUUUUACAUGAUUUUCCCCCCUCCUUGAGGCAAUUCUUGUUCCCCCACAGAAUAAAUUUUGCAUUCUUUCAGGAGAUAAGUAAAUCUUCUUUUUUCAAUGAAGAAUAUACAGAAGUUUGGUUCC